GAUCGGUGUUUCCCUCAUUCUUCUUCCCGCUUCCAUAAUGGCUGUUAUUUUUGCAGUGAGCUCUGUAGAAAGAAGGAUCGCGUUCAGUUUUCUGAGGCGCAUGACAGUGGCCACGGACUUCAGGAGAGGGGCAAUGGAUAAUGCUGCUGCUUCUGUCACUGUCCAGGACAACCACAGGAAGCUCAAGACUGUGGAUGACCUCCCAGAGAUCAAAACCUUUAGGAUGCUCUACACACUGAUCUUUAAAGGAUAUCUGAACCGCAUGCAUGAGCUGCAGUUAUAUGAAAACCGGGUUUAUGGACCUUUGUACAAAGUGAAUGCUGGAAACUUCCAAGCAAUUUCAAUAAACAGUGUGGACUUACUGGAGGAACUCCUUAGAAAAGAUGAGAAGUUUCCUUGCAGAGGAGACAUGACUUUGUGGACCGAGUACCGUGACCUGAAAGGCAUCGGCUACGGCCCUUUCACAGAAGAAAGAGAGAAAUGGUACAAACUGCGGACAGUGCUGAACAAACGCAUGCUGCAUCCAAAGGACUCCGUGCAGUAUGGAGAUGUGGUCAAUGCAGUGGUCACAGACUUCAUCAAACGGAUUUACUAUCUGCGGCAGAUGAGCCCCACCGGUGAUCUGGUCUCUAACAUGACCAAUGAGCUUUAUCGCUUUUCCCUUGAAGGGAUCUCUUCCAUUCUGUUUGAGACACGCAUUGGCUGCCUGGAGAACGAAAUUCCUGCAGAGACACAAGAUUUCAUUAAUUCUAUUGCACAAAUGUUCACCUACAGCAUGCCUGUGGUGGUGCUGCCAAACUGGACUCGCAAUUACUUGCCAUUUUGGCAGUGGUACAUUAAUGGCUGGGAGGGCAUAUUCAAAUUUGCCAGGAAAAUGAUUGACAUGAAGAUGGAGGCCAUUCAGAAACGUGUGGAUGCAAAUCAGGAGAUUGCUGGGGAGUAUCUCACCUACCUGCUUUCCAAUGUCAAGAUGAGCAGUAAAGAUGUUUAUGGAAGUAUUUCUGAGCUGCUGUUGGCUGGAGUGGACACAACCUCCAACACUAUGUUGUGGGCACUGUAUCUCCUCUCAAGAGAUCCAGAAGCUCAAGAGGCUCUGUAUCAGGAUGUAACCAGAGUCUUAAAGGAUGACAGAAUCCCAACUGCACAGGAAGUGAACAGCAUGCCUUACCUCAAAGCUGUCAUCAAGGAAGCAUUAAGGAUGUACCCUGUGGUGCCCAUGAAUUCUCGUCUUAUUGCAGAAAAUGAAGUUGUCAUUGGUGGGCACUUUUUCCCUAAAAAGACAACAUUCACUCUGUGCCACUAUGCUAUCAGCCAUGAUGAGAAAGUCUUCCCAGAGCCACGAAAGUUCAAACCUGACCGCUGGCUCCGAGAUGGCAGAACAAGACCCAACCCAUUUGGGUCAAUCCCAUUUGGCUUUGGAGUAAGAGGCUGUGUUGGCCGACGCAUUGCUGAACUGGAGUUGCAUCUGGCAUUGGCAAGGCUAAUCAAGUUGUUUGAAAUCAGACUGGACCCCACUGUAGGUGAGGUUCAGUCCCUCAAUCGGACAGUGCUUGUGCCAGACAGACAGGUUAACCUCCACUUUGUGGAGAGACAGAAGACAUAAAGAAUACCAAUGUUUCAGCAAGAUAUAAGCUGCCUGUGUAUAUGAAAUUAUCAGCUAGUGUGAAUCAUGUGAAUAUGUCAACUUCUUUACCUCUGUCUGGAUGUAAUUCUAUUGUAUUUUGGGAUAUGCAGUAUAAAGGACCCUGUAUAACACUGAAAAAUACUUUUCCCUAUCAUAUUUUGUAUAACUCUUGGCAUUAAAUUGUUGUUGUGGACUGUAUUUCAUUCUGUUGACAUAUAUUAAUGUAUUAUAUGAACUUAAAAAUAAAUUAAACCUUUUAAUGAAUCCAAAA